AUGGAUUGGCAAUUAACAUGUCGAGUGUGUUUAGAAUCGGGGGAUAUGGUUUCCCUCUUUGAUUGGGACGAAAACAAUGAACAACUUGGCGACAAGUACACCUACUGCUGCGGCGUGGAGGUGUCCAAAAAUGAUAGUUUGCCCACGCUAAUAUGCUUGCAUUGCGUCGAUCGGCUGACUUUUGCUUAUCAAUUCAAACAACAAUGCCUUUCUUCAAACGAUACUCUAAAGGAAUGUUUGGAGGAGUUCAAGAAGAGCUCCCAAGUGGUGUCGGGAGCGGCUACGUCCAAAGUAGGUACCACAGAAACAGAAACAAUAACUAUAAAGCAAGAGAAUGGUUUGCUGUUACAAUAUGAGCUGCCAGUGGAACAUGAUCCUGCGGGACAAUGGACCCGCACCCUGGUCAAGACUCCAAGUAGUGCGGUGGUCACCAAAGCCCCUGGACCACGUAAGAGAGGCCGGCCCCGGAAAUAUCCUAAUGAACAGGGACAGAUUGAACUAUCACCGUACCAACGCAAGAAGCCGAAAAAUCAAGAAAAGGAACAAGAAUCCUUGACCACACUCCUGGCAACUGGAUCUUUGGACCUCAAGCAGGAGCCAGUGGAUCCUGAGGAUGAUGCAUUCGGGCAAGAUGAAUUUGGAAGUGCAGAUGAUGACCCAGACUUUGAACCGGCAGCUGAGGAAGAGCCUGAAUCUGAACCAGAAAGCAAAGAGAUACAACCUCAGCCCCGCAAGCGUGGAAGGCCACGUAAGAACCAAGAACAAAAACAGAUUAAACCAAAAACGGAAGAUGGUGAAGAUGUUCUGCUCAAAGAGACGAUCCUGGCUUUCUCGGAACCUAUUCCUGAACACAUUCUCAAUCCUAAACCCAAGAAGAAGUAUCGGACUAAGAAGAAGUACGUUUACGAAAAGACUCACACAUGUGAAACUUGCGGCGCUUCUUUCACGUCUAACGCGUCGCUGCAAGCACACAUCCGACGACAUCUCGGUAUCAAGCCAUUUGUAUGCAGUGUAUGCGGGUACGCGUGCGUUCUGAACAUGGAGUUACGUCGUCACAUGAUGCGGCACACGGGCGUGCGACCAUACAAGUGUCGCGUCUGUGAUCGACGCUUCGGAGACUUUGGCAGUCGACAGAAACAUGAGAGGUUACACAUGGGAGUGCGGCCAUACCAGUGCUCUCUCUGCGGCAAAUCCUUCACAUACUCCUAUGUACUUGCCAAUCAUAUGCUGACUCACACCGGAGAGAAGAAAUAUUCUUGCGGUCCCUGCAACAAGAAAUUCACAAAAGCCCACCACCUGAAGUACCACAACAAGGUCCACCACAAGGAUCUAUACGUACAGCAGCAACUAGAACUGGAAGCCAAGAAGAUGCGCCAGCAGAUCAACGUCACCGGCCUCUCUGGUGUUAUAUCUGGCCAGAUCGUCGAUGGAACGCUGCAACUCAUACAUGCUGCUUCUGAAGAUGGAGGUGAAGAAGCACAGAUGCAAGUUGUGGAGGAAGGUGAUGAAGGGGGCGAUGAUUCAGAGAAGGAGACUGAUCGAGCCGUCGCCGGCAUGCAAGCUGUCGUGUUAGACGCAGAAUUUUGUAUGGACGAGGACGUUAAAGGAGAAUGA